AUGAACAUGUGGAAGAAUAAUCGGCUCUACACUUUUUUACUCUUUGCGUGCCUUCGCUCCGUUUUCUCUAAUAACUUGGAGCUCCGAGACAACAGCGCUUGCGAGGGAAAUCCACAAUACAGUCAGUGCGGCAAGAGCUAUCCUUCCAGCUGGUGCUGCAAAAACUCCACUACAUGCCUCCCGGUUAACAGCACAACGACUACGGUCGUACUCUGCUGCCCAGAUAACAGUGAUUGUGCCAGCAUUCGCCCCAUACCAUGCAAUAUUUCCAACAGCUCAUUGAGCCCGGUGCACAUCCUAGGCGAGCCACCACAAUUGUUAACAUGUGGAGACUCCUGUUGCCCUCCGGGAUAUAACUGCACGUCCGAUAUUUGCACCAUCGAGCCAUCGCUGGGCCUGAUCCCAACUUCUCUGCCUCAUCCCACUGUACGCAAGACAUUCGGCGGUGGUAUCGGUGUGGGGAUUGGAAUUACAUUGGCCACGGUGGCUAUCGCAUGUUUGGUUUGGGCGCUCGUGCAGAAGCGCGACAAGGAGCUUCCGAACCUGAAGUCCAUGAUCUCGUGGCCAAAGCAGAUUCCCGAAGGUGGCAAAGGUGAGGACGAAAAAACAUCUCUCGUCGAGAAGCCGAAGCCGUUCAAAAGGAGAGCAAAGGAUACAGCUGGUCAACCGUACGAAGAUCUGGUGCCGAGAUCAUCAGAGAUAUUCCCUCCACCUUUUAUACGGGAGAAUUCCAGAAAGCAUUCCACCCCUCCACCAGAGACGGUAGCGGAGCAUGGCCUGAGGAAUAAAGAAUUAUUGCCCUAUCCAGAAAAAUUGACUGGACAGUUUCAAGGGGACAGCAAGGUCCAUCGACCGCCAGAUUCAGACCAUCCUGCCUACCAAGGCACAAACAAAACCGCGUCAUCGGGCUAUGGUGGAGCCAAGUAUGGGUCUGAAUAUGGCCAGAGACGGGAGUCUUAA